AAUAUCAUAAUACAUACAUAAAAGACAGAGCAGAGUAACGAUACAUUUGUUCUACUAAUUCUAGUCCUAGCUGCUUCGGUCGGUGAGCAGAGCACCACCCCCAGCCAUGGCCAACCAGAUUGACGGCUUCAACUUCGAGCAGAGGCACGGCAAAGCCAGGGUCAGAGUCGCCAGAGUUUGGAGGAACGUAGACGGACGCCAAUCCAUCGUCGAAUGGAACGUCAGCAUCAGCCUCCUCUCCAAUUGCGCCGCUUCCUAUGUUCACGACGACAAUUCCGAUAUCGUCGCCACUGAUACCAUGAAGAACACCGUGUAUGCAAAAGCUAAGGAAUGCACAGAGCAACUUUCAGUGGAGAACUUUGCAAUUGAACUGGGCAAACACUUCACAUCAUAUUACCAGCAGGUACAUGCUGCCAUCGUUAAGAUAGUUGAAAAGCCUUGGGAGCGUAUCUCUGUAGAUGGUCAACCCCAUGAACAUGGCUUUAAACUUGGGUCUGAGAGGCAUACAACAGAGGUAGUAGUGCAGAAGUCUGGCAUGCUAAAGUUGACAUCUGGAGUUGAAGGUUUGGCUGUACUUAAGACAACAAAGUCUGGUUUUGAGGGAUUCAUCAGGGAUAAAUACACAGUUCUUCCUGAAACACGAGAAAGGAUUCUGGCAACAGAGGUAACUGGAACGUGGAGGUACUCUUAUGAAUCUGUUUCCAGCAUUCCUCAGAAUCUAAACUACUUUACUGAGAGAUAUUUGGACGUGAAAAAAGUAUUGACAGACACUUUUUUUGGUCCUCCAAAAGAGGGAGUCUAUAGCCCGUCUGUUCAGAGCACUCUUUUUCAGAUGGCAAAGACUGUUCUUAACAGGAUUCCUGACGUAUCGUCUGUGCAACUCAAAAUGCCAAAUCUUCAUUUCUUACCUGUUAACCUGUCGAACAAGAAUAACAGUAUAGUGAAGUUUGAAGACGAUGUUUACUUACCAACCGAUGAACCGCAUGGAUCAAUUGAAGCGAGCCUUAGCCGCUACUGGUCCAAACUGUAGUGCUUUGCCCUGGUCUGCUGGAGUACACACUCGUUCAUCCUCACUUCUGAAAACUGAAAUUUUCAUUUUCUUUAUAACUGUUGAUGCCAAAAUGUAAGUAUGAUCACUGUAGUUAUAAAUAAGGAAUCAUAAAUACAGCUUUAAUAAAUCUGAAUUAUGUUUCUGGAUAAGUUAUACAUGAACUUAUAGUUACAUGUUUGAAUUGCCA